CAGCGGAGAGCGACGCACGUCGUUGCGGAAAUGACGGCAGUUCCGUGUCCAGUGGGGCGGUGGGAGCGAUGAGGGCACUGAGACCGUGGUAGGCGUUGUGUGAAGAUGGAGUUUCCCGGAGGAAAUGACAAUUACCUGACGAUCACAGGGCCCUCGCACCCCUUCCUGUCAGGGGCCGAGACGUUCCAUACACCAAGCCUGGGUGAUGAAGAAUUUGAAAUCCCCCCUAUCUCCUUGGAUUCUGAUCCCUCACUGGCUGUCUCAGAUGUGGUUGGCCACUUUGAUGACCUGGCAGACCCUUCCUCCUCUCAGGAUGGCAGCUUUUCAGCCCAGUAUGGGGUCCAGACAUUGGACAUGCCUGUGGGCAUGACCCAUGGCUUGAUGGAGCAGGGCGGGGGGCUCCUGAGUGGGGGCUUGACCAUGGACUUGGAUCAUUCUAUAGGAACUCAGUAUAGCGCCAAUCCACCUGUUACAAUUGAUGUACCAAUGACAGACAUGACAUCUGGCUUGAUGGGGCAUAGCCAGUUGACCACCAUUGAUCAGUCAGAACUGAGUUCUCAACUUGGUUUGAGCUUAGGGGGUGGCACCAUCCUGCCACCUGCCCAGUCACCUGAGGAUCGUCUUUCAACCACACCUUCACCUACUAGUUCACUUCAUGAGGAUGGUGUUGAGGAAUUCCGGAGGCAACUUCCCAGCCAGAAGACAGUUGUGGUGGAAGCAGGGAAAAAGCAGAAGGCCCCAAAGAAGAGAAAAAAGAAGGAUCCUAAUGAACCUCAAAAACCAGUUUCAGCAUAUGCUUUAUUCUUUCGUGACACACAGGCUGCCAUCAAGGGACAGAAUCCCAAUGCCACUUUUGGGGAGGUUUCAAAAAUUGUGGCUUCCAUGUGGGACAGUCUUGGAGAGGAGCAAAAACAGGUAUAUAAGAGGAAAACUGAAGCUGCCAAGAAAGAGUAUCUGAAGGCUCUGGCUGCUUAUAAAGACAAUCAAGAGUGUCAGGCUACUGUGGAAACAGUGGAAUUGGAUCCAGCGCCCCCAUCACAGACUCCUUCUCCACCUCCUGUGACUACUGCUGAGCCAGCCUCUCCAGCAGCAGCCUCAACAGAGCCCCCUGCCCUGUCUCCUUCCAUUGUUGUUAAUUCCACUCUUUCAUCCUAUGUAGCAAACCAGGCAUCUUCUGGGGCUGGGGGUCAGCCCAAUAUUACCAAGUUGAUUAUUACCAAACAGAUGUUGCCCUCUUCUAUUACUAUGUCUCAAGGAGGGAUGGUUACCGUUAUCCCAGCCACAGUGGUGACCUCCCGGGGGAUCCAACUAGGCCAAACCAGUACAGCUACUAUCCAGCCUAGUCAGCAAGCCCAGAUCGUCACUAGGUCAGUGCUGCAGGCAGCAGCUGCAGCAGCAGCUUCCAUGCAACUGCCUCCGCCCCGACUACAACCCCCUCCGUUGCAGCAAAUGCCUCAGCCCCCGGCUCAGCAGCAAGUCGCCAUUCUGCAGCAGCCUCCCCCGCUGCAGGCCAUGCAGCAGCCCCCACCUCAGAAAUUUCGAAUCAAUCUACAGCAGCAGCCGCCGCCACUGCAGGUCAAGCUUGUGCCUCCACCCACUCUAAAAAUGCAGACUACCUUGGUUCCACCACCUGUAGAAAGGAGUCCGGAGCGGCCUGUGAACAGCAGCCCUGAGACCCACACAGUGGAGGAAACCUCUCCUGAGACAAUCUGUGAGAUGAUCACAGAUGUAGUUCCUGAGGUUGAGUCUCCUUCUCAAAUGGAUGUUGAAUUGGUGAGUGGGUCUCCUAUGACGCUCUCACCCCAGCCUCGAUGUGUGAGGUCCGGCUGUGAGAACCCUCCCGUUGUGAGUAAGGACUGGGACAAUGAGUACUGCAGCAAUGAGUGCGUGGUGAAGCACUGCAGGGAUGUCUUCUUGGCCUGGGUAGCCUCUAGAAACUCAAACACAGUAGUGUUUGUGAAGUAGUCCUGUUCUCCAAGCCAGUGAAGACUUACCUGCUGGGAACAUGUCCACCGAGCCUGUUUUUAAAAAGACAAGCUGGGCUUCUGGUAGUGCCUGAUCUCAACCCAUGAUGGUCCUUUAUGUCCUUCACGUUACUCCCCUUUUGUCUCUCUUCUACAGGGGCCAGGCUAUGGAGCAGGGCCAUUGAGUUUGCUGGAAUUGCUUUUUACUUUCACGUACAAGCAGAGAUAUCAGUGAUAAUAACAGGGGAAAGGGUGAAGGGCAUAUGAACAAGCAGAACAUAGGGGUGGUGGCUAGGGGUGGGGAAUUGUUUGAGGAAAACUUGUUGGUAUAAUUGUCAUAGGACUUGCCUAAAAUACUAUUAAAAUGAUAGGAUAAUACUCAGCUUUGAGCCUAGGAGAAAACAUCACUGUGUGCAUCCAUUUUAAAGGGGCUAAAAAAAGGCUGCAUUAAAGGUUACCUCUUAAACAGGGAACUAUUACUAUCACAUCUGCACAUUAAUUACUUUGAGAACAAAGGUUUUCAACAUAGUAAGCACACUGGGCUGUAGAGAAAAUAACAUCACCUAGGAGCGUCUUUUAUUUAUUUCUCUGCAAUAUUUCUGUAGUCAACGCUCUUAUCUCAGUUAUCACAGUUUAUGAGUGCAAAAGGCAGAACUCUACAUCCUUAAUAUAAGAGGUUUCACCAAAGUUUAAAGAAGUUGUGUUCACUUGUGUUUGAUGAAGUAUCUUUUGAAAGAUAGGCCAGAGGUGUUUUCACUUAUAUAAUAUAUAGGCUAAUUCUCUGCAUACUCUAGGCACUUAUUUAAAUUUAAUGUAAGAUGUGCUUAUUUCACUUUUCUUGGAAAUAAACGAAUAAUAGACUAGCAAAGCCACAUAGUUGUAACAGAAUAAGCAACAUUUCGAGCAUGAUAGCCCUAGUGAUGAUAAUCUUAAAUGAAACUCAAAUCUUACCUUAAGAAAUGUUGUCCCAGAGAACCCCCUUCUUGAUUACCAUGUUUACUAGCACUAAUUGCUAAUCACUUUGAUCCUAUACAGUAUAAUCAAUAUUUUAAUGUUUUUCAAGCAUUCAUUUAGUUUGAACCCUUACAGCAACCCCAUGAGGUAGGUAAUAUUCCCAGUCUACAUAUAAGUAAUCAUACUGAGAGAUGAGUUACACAAGAUCACACACUGUUAAGUGGCAGAGCCAGAACUUGACCUCGAAAUCCCAACUACAAUACAAAGUUUUAUUUAAAUAAGGAAAAUAACUAUUGUACAAAUAUUACUCUUCAGGUGCAGCCUGCAGAGCCAUGGCUACGGAUGCUUAGGUUUAGAAGUACUUCUAUAGAUUCUUAGGUU